AAAUGUGAGUAGGCACGUGCGAAGCGAAGAAGGAUCAAGCGAAGAACGCGGCCGCAUGCCAAUGCUUGCUUCCAGGUCUCUCUUCAGGGCCGAUCGUUUACUGAAAUUUAGUAGUGUUUAUGUAAAAUCAAAGCCGGGGUCCCGCUCUUAUUAUGGUGGUUUGAGCUGUAAUUUGAAGAAGGGUGAUACUAAAUACGGGCUCGGUGCUAUGGAUAGGAACAAGAAGAGAAAAGCUGUGAAUACUGUAUGGAGACCUGUCUCUACUCAAGCUAGUUCCAUUGAAGAACGCAUAGUAAAGGAUGUGCCAGUUGAGGCAGGAAGUGGAAGUCCAACAGAAGUACUCUGUAGCAUAUCUAAUGAUGUUUUGGAUGCUCAACAUGCCACAAAUGUUGCUGAAGCAGUGAAUGAAGUUCAUGAAAAACAUUCACUGUCAGUUGAGGUUGGUGCUUCUAUAAUUCGAUUUAUCAGAGGAAAAGAAGGAGCUACACAGAAAAAUAUUGAAGAAGAGAUGGGAGUUAGGAUCAUUUUUCCAUCAUCAAAGAAGGAAGAUUCUAUUGUCAUUGAAGGGUCUUCAAUUGAUAAUGUAACUAAAGCUUCAGAAAAGAUACAGGAAAUAAUUGAGGAGGUUGUUAGAACCCGAAGUCUUGAUUACUCCCACUUUGUAUCUCUUCCAUUGGCUAUACACCCUGAAUUGGUUGACAAGCUUAUCAACUUUCAGAACAUUAUAUUGGGAAAUAGUGAUGCCUGCACAGAUGAGCAUGUGGAAGGCAACCCUAGUGGAGAAAGUUCUGAAGAUGAGUCUGAGGAGCACCAGUUGGAUAGAGGAUCUAAUGUUGCAGUUGAACUUAACGUUGAAGACAAUAAAAGUGUUAAAGUAGAUAUUAGUAGCAUUCCUCUUGUUAGUUAUGCACCUAAAGCAUCAAAGUCACCCAGUUUAUCAGAUUUGGGGAUUGAGAAAUCCAUAUUUAUCAAACCAAAGACAUUUCACUUGACGGUGCUUAUGUUGAAAUUGUGGAACAAAGAACGAGUUAAUGCAGCAACUGAGGUUUUGAAGAGUAUCUCCUCCAGAGUGCUUGAUGCUUUGGAUAAUCGGCCUGUAUUUAUCAGACUUAAGGGGCUGAUGAAGCAUAUGGGGCCAAUAACAUCUCUAGCCAUCAACAUUUCGGAUAAUAUUUUCUACUCAGCUUCCCUUGAUAAAACGGUCAAAGUAUGGCGAAUAUCAGACCUCAAGUGCAUUGAGACCAUCCCGGCCCACUCUGAACCCAUCAACGCCGUCACCGUGACCGAUGAUGGAGUGCUCUACACCGCCUCUGACGAUGCCACCGUCAGAGUCUGGCGGCGCAACUUCUGUAGAGGAGAGUGGCCCCACUCACUUGUCCUAACCUUACCUGCUAAAUGUUCACCCGUAAAAACCCUUACCCUCGCUGCGGACGGAGGACUCCUCUACGGCGGAUGCACCGACGGGUACAUACACUAUUGGCAGAAGGGGUGGUUCUCUGGGCAGCUACAGUACGGGGGCGCUUUACAGGGCCACACUCACGCAGUCAUGUGCAUGGCCAGUGUGUCUAAUUACGUGAUCAGCGGCUCGGCCGACUCGACGAGUAGGGUUUGGACCAGGGAACAGGAGGGUCAACACGUGUGUUUGGCGGUUCUAGUGGGGCACCGGGGACCGGUUAGCUGUGUUACGGCUUUUUUGGGGCAUUCUGGCGGUGAGGAGGCGGACGGUAUUACCAUUUGUACUGGGAGUCUUGAUGGGGUGCUCAAGAACAAAAAGCGACAAUGUAAGUAUUUUGUGUGGUAUGAUCAAGAUUUCUCUUUUAGGGCUAAAGAGGUUAUCUUGUGGCUGUACAAUAAUAAAACAGAAUUGGAUACAAAUUUGGAUGAUGCAAGGGGAAGGAUCAAAGCUCUUAGGAAUGUUUUUAAGUGUGAUGAAGAAAAAGGAGAGCAACAGAUUGAGGCAUUGGAGAAGAAAGUUAAUGAUUUGCAAAUGUUAGUGACACUAACAAUGGUGUAUGCUGCGAAACUAGAGAAAUGGAAGAAAUGUGACCAAAUUUCUUUGGUCAUGGCUGUUUUGCUUGCUAUUCUUCUUGCCUUUUUCUUGUUUAGUAGUUGGAUUCUACAUGUUAAGGGGAACAGGGGUUUCAAAAGGUUGGGAAAUUAAGAAACUAGGCAAAUGGGGAAAGUUUUGUUUUUGGGCAUUAUUUGUUUUUUGGUGGGUAAUGUGGUUGUAUUGAAUGGAAGUAUUGAAGGUUGAUAGAUUCUGCCCCCAAAAACUCUAAUAUAGGGCCUGAUUUCUCCCCAAGUUUUUUAAUGUAAUUUAUUUUGGAUAUAAUGAAUGGUGAUUGCCUUU